AUGGAUGGGAAUAAAAGGCCUAACCUCAAAAGGAAGAUUCGAGAAAUCUCAAAGGACGACCUACCUACAAGAAUAAAUGGAAAGCUGCAUCGUAGUCUCCAAGAAGUCUAUCAGGCUUGCAAAAAAGCCAAAACAUUCGAAACCCAGAAGCUGGUUAAAAAGUUGAAGGGUCUUCGAAAGGACUCAAGUGACACAAACGCUGUCCAAGAGCACGAGGCGCAGUUGACUGCUCUCAAAGAACUCGACAUCCACUCUAUCGCAAGGACAGCCUUCAAGACCAAAGUCCUCAAGGACCGUACUCUUCGAGAUAGCGAACUUAUAAUGUCUGGCCUGGAGAAGGAGAUUACCAACACUAUCAUUCCCUCUCCCGCUUCAACACCUCUCGGCAAAGUCCAAAGCCGACUUCUCAGCUCCAAACACCUGUCUUCCCAAAUCUCCAUCUCCAUAGACGGUCUUAAAGUAAUCUUGGACCCCGAGUAUGCACCACAGCAGAAGAAACAGCGCACGACGUCUGCCGAGCCUCCGAACGCCGCUUCCAUUGCAUCCUCCAAGCGCACGCGAACCCAACGUCAUUCUAAGGAGGGCUCCCUCCAAGCCGCGGACGUUGGCUCAGAGUCAGAAGACAGUGAAGAUGAUGAUCUCAGAGACGAAGAAGGUGCAGAUGACGAAAGCGAAGACGGGGAUGGUGCAGAUGGAUGGGAGUCAGGCUCAAUUAGUGGGGAUGAAGACUAUGUUGGACGGUUGGCACCCUCUUCUCCCGUUGGCUCAGAUGAAGAAAAUUCAGGGUCGGAGCAAGAUGACGAUGAUGACAGUGACCCUGAAUCCGACGAAGAUACCAAGCCGAUGAAGAAGGCGAAUGCUGGUGGCUCAACAUCAUCCAAGACACCCAAAGUCGCUUCCGGCGCCUCCUCUAAACCAGCCAAGAUCAACGAAUCUACCUUCUUACCCUCACUCCAAGUGGCAUACAUCUCUGGAUCGGACGACUCUGAUGCUGAAGCUGAAGUUGCAGAGCCAAGAAAGAAUAGGCGCGGUCAGCGUGCUAGGCGAGCGAUUUGGGAGAAGAAGUAUGGCCGGAACGCGAAUCACAAGAAGGCAGAAGCCAAGGCAGCACCGACAACAGCAGUUAAGCAAAACCCUGAAGGAAGAUCAUUUGCCCAUCCGAAGCAGCCAAGGGGUGGGGUUCGUCGCGGGCCUUUGGUAUCCGGUCCCAACUCUGCUGCGAUUCAAGGGAAACAGCGCGCGUUUGGUCAGAAGCCGCCUACCGGUGCUGCUGCUCCGUCGACGAAUUCAAACCCGAGCAACAAACCGUUGCAUCCGUCUUGGGAGGCGAAAAAGAAGCUCAAGGAGAAACAGUCAGGUAUUGUUCCGAGUCAGGGCAAAAAGAUCAAAUUCUAG